GAGUUUGACAACAGUCAAACCAGGAUACAGCCAGGAGACGACGGGCUCUGACUGAUACAGCUAUGCUGCAGCAGGAUGACAGCUGUUUAACUUUGGUGGAAAUUUUCUAAGCCAGCUAAUCUUACAUGAUCAACAAAUCAACGUCCUCUAGGUUGGACGAAAUCGGAGGGCAAACGGCCUUUCUAAGACCUGGGUUGAAACGUAUCAAAUGUAACGUUAGCCCACUGCUAGCUAGGAGUCGGUGUUUUGAAGAACUUGGCAGCUAUUGAUUUUAGCUAGUUACACCCAUCGGUUAUCAAAAGCCGCGAUUCAUUUGAGGCGUGUCUAUGACUGCAUUGCUCUUGAGUCGGGGUGAUGUUGCAUAUCAUUGUCAGCGACUAAUCUGUUUUCAAAACCAGAAGAAACUGACUUGAACAUAAUGUCCAGAGUAGGCUAGACUACAUUAGCGAUAGCUAACUAGUUAGCCAUUACUAUGGAUGUGGGUAAGAAUCAAAUAUUGAAGGCUUGAUUAGGGUGGUCAGCAUAACACUUUUGAUAGCUCUAUAUUGUUUGUCACAGUUUACUUUUCUAUUUCUCUUCAUGUACCACAAUACUGGGGUGCUACCUAACCUAGCUUUUUAGUUUCUGAGCUGAGUGAGCAAGCUAACUAGCCAUUUUCAACCUGUGAAGUUUGAGUUCAAGUAGGUUUUGAACUGGUUGUCGUUUAUGAUUAUUGUAUGGGAGUGUAGGAUAGUUGCUUUGACGGGCUUUGUUUGUGAGCCCCUGCAAUGCACUUUGGCGUAUUGUUGCUUAUAACGGCAAAGGUUAUCAACCGCCUAAAUUGCAACUUGGUGUUUUAAGUUUGAAAUAAUUAUAAAGCACAAUGUGAAACUUCUUUAAGGUAAGCCAAAUGGCAAUAGCCUAGUAGCUCUCUGGAAAAAAAAAAAAAACAGAUGGUGGAGAUUUAAAUCAGGGUAUAACAGGGUGCAUUUAACCACUUUAUGAGGCAGUGACACCUGUAUCGCAGGUGUUGUCCAACGAUUAAAAAGCUGCAUUCACAUUGUAAGAGGUCAUAAAUGUCAGUAAACUGGAUGUAAAACCACCCCUCCACUACACUGAAGAAUGUCUGUCCUGGUGAUUGCACUCCUGGUAUUUCUGGUGCUGGGAAUCCUUGCCAUCAUUUGUUUCAGAUGGAUAGUGUGCAGCCUAGCUGUGCGCCUCUGCGCAAAAGUGCUCAAUGCCGAGCUGAAGAUCAAGUCAGUGGGCCUCUUCUCAGUGAGGGGCAUCAGUCUGCAGUUUCGACCUCAGCACACUCUGGAAAUUGACAAAAUAUGGAUUUCCAGCAAACUGUUAAACCAAGAUUUGCCGAGAUACUUGGCCCUGUGUGUGGGAGAGACCCGCGUGCGAGUCGACCUCUUGGAGCCAGUGACGCCACGGCUCCCACAGACCCCCAAGAAAGACAACGAGGGCAAGUUCCCCCUCAGCCCCUCCACUCUACACUUCUUGUCUCAGUUGCUGUCCCUCCAUAUUGACUCCAUCAAUGUGAUGGUGUUAAACCUGGCCCUGUCUGAGUCACUGUGGCACAUGACUACCACCGGAAUCACUCUGCUGCUCGACCACCAGGCCAAGAGGUUGGCCUGGGAUUUCUCAGUGGGACAGCUCAGCAGUAAAGUGUUAAAAAGCAGCCGCUUGCAGGACACCUGUCUGGCCGAGGUGUCUCUGAGUCUGUCGGUGCUGGGAGACGUGAGUCUGCCGGAGCUGCGGCCGGGCCGGCUGGAGCUGAGUGUGCGGACGUUGCUGGCCGAGCUGCAUGAGGGGCUCUUCCUAAGUCAGCUGCUGCUACCGCCGCCUGGCCCUGCACAAACCAACGCCGUGACCGAGUGUGAGGAGGAUCUGUUCAUCCAGACAGCAGCACUGGACCAGUUCCACCAGCUGCUCCCUCAGAAGGUCAACGUGGAGUUUGAGAACACUAACAUCACCUUAUCCAUGCACAGCCAGAAGAGGCACUUGAACUGGACCCUGAAGUCUCUGAAGGUAGGCUACGGGCGAGAUGACCAACAGCCUCCUCUCAGGAACUUCACGCCAGAGCUGAGCUUCCCCCAGAGUAACCUGGAACUCCUCCUGGAGGACGGGCUUCUCUUGUCCCAGAGCCGGCAGAGAAUCCUCUGUCUCAACACUUUGAAGGCGGUCCUGCAGGUGACCUCGGUGGACAUAUCUGGCUCAGUCACCGUCAACACGUGCAUCAUCCACUACCGCCACCAGGAGUUCUCCCACUGGCUGGACCUCCUCUCGUGGGAACAGCUGUUCCACAGGAAGACUGCUCAGAGGAAAAAGUGUUUCCCACAUCUGGACGCCCCUGUGCUGAUCACCUGUGCCGUGUCAAAUGUAAACGUGUCGGUGCAGCUGGGAGACACGCCUCCCUUCGCUGUGGGCUUCAUCUCAACCAGUGCAGAACUGCGUCACCUCCUAGAGGCGUCCGAGGAUUCAGAGAGCAGAAGCAGCAGCAGAGGGCAGCAGAGAGCCUCGGUGUCCCUGGAUCAUUUCUGGUGGCGUGUGGGUCAGGGCUCUCACAUCCAGCAGGCCCUACACCCCCCAGGGAAACACGUGUGGGGAGAAGCCCUCAUCCUGGACUCCUUCACACUGCAGGGCAGCUGUGGGGAACCGGAGGGCAGGUCGCCUGAGUCGCCCGGCCCUGCCCGGAGUCUGAGCGUGGAGUCCAGUCUGAAGGGGCUGCAAGUGGAGGUGUCGGAGACCUGCGCCCUCUGCCUGUCCCGCCUGCUGUCUCUCUUCAUCCCCAGCGGCACGCGGAAGGCUGCCGUCCCAGUGCCUACUCCCGCAACCCCCUCAACACUACUCCUCAGCCUGGAGCUCAGCCUGGACGAUGUCAACGUGUUCACCCUCUCCAAUGUGGCUGGUGCUGUUGUGUUGAGAGUGGACACAGUCCAUGCCACAGGCUCUGGGGAGAGCUCACGGCUGGCUGUAAAGGGUGUGGCCCUGUCAGUGGUCAAGGUGCUCACGGACAGUGUGGAGCCUUGCUGUCCCGCUGCUGACAUCCCCUGCCCCAUCCUCAGCCUCUCCUCUGUGGCCUCAUCAUAUCACCCUGGCAACCACAGCCUGGAGCUGCAGUGUGAGGAAGCCUUAUCUGUCCAGUGGACUCCAUCAGAUCACAUGUUCAUGUAUCAUCAUGUCACAGAGACCAAAGCCUCCUGGAGCGCUCUGUCCUCAGCACUGAGGCCAUUUGAAGGGCAGGAGCCCAGUGAGGAGGAGGAAGAGGAGAGGAAACAGACAGAGACGGCUGCCGCCUCCUUGGCCGAGAGCCGGACCCUCAGCCUCAGUCUGGAUCUGAAAAGCUGCUCCCUUACUGCCCACGUCGGCGAACAGAACUACAUCCUCCUGCAAGCCGACGUGCUCUCGAUCUCCAAGCAGGCCGGUGUCGUGUGCGGCAAGUCGCCGCGGCUGGUCUUCAACUUCGACGGCAACGACAUCUUCACGUUCUCGGACGCGGAGCUGCAGAUGCUGGAGGAGCUGGAGGAGGCACGUCUGCAGCGCGAGGCCUUCCCCUUCCUGACCACCGCCUCCAACCGCGUCUGGCUCUUCACCAUCCCCAGCCUGGGUGUGGAGUUCCCCUACCAGUACAACUUCUCCAACACCUUUGACAAGGCUAUCAGUGUCCAGAAGUGGCUGAAGACCCUGCACCAGAGCGGCGCUGGCGCUGGUGAUGGUGGGGUCGGCGUUAGCCCUGGCGGAGGUCCCGCGAUCCCGCCUGCUGAGGCCCAGCGCCUGCCCCCGGAUGUGCUCAUUCGGGUCAGCCAGUUCUCCUUCGUCUUCCUGGACGACGUGUUCGAGAUCAAGCUGCGCGACAAUUACGAGCUGAUGAAGGACGAGAGCAAGGAGAGCUCUAAGCGGCUGCAGCUGCUCGACCGCAAGGUGGCUGAGCUGCGCAAGCAGCACGGCGAGCUGCUGCCCGCACGUAAGAUCGAGGAGCUUUACACGUCUCUCGAGCGCAAGCACAUCGAGAUCUACAUCCAACGCUCGCGACGCCUCUACGCCAACACGCCCAUGCGCAAGUCGCUGCUUACCUGGACGGUGGCCGACCUGGAGCUGGUCGUGCUGGCCGACCGGGCGCUGCACGGGCCCGAGCGCGUCCGCGAGCAGCUGAGGGACAUUGACAGCGUCAGUCCCUUCCCCCGGGACGGCCUGCCGUUGGCGGUCCAGUGGUGCCGCGCUAUCAGCUUCAAGCUCUCCGCCUACCUGGUGCGUAUCCGAGACUACCCUCGUUACCUGUUUGAGAUCCGAGAGUGGACCCUGUCUGGACGGCUGGUCGGGGCGGAGCAGGAUGGGCAUCCACGUGCGCGGCGCCGACAGGUGAUACACCUGGGCCAGCCUUGGGGUGAUGUGAACGUCCUGAGGAACAUGCCGCCACUCAAAUUCUACUACGAUGUUCGCUCGGACAUCUCCCUCUACACUAUUGUGUGGGGGCCAUGCUGGGACCCUGCCUGGACUCUGAUUGGCCAGGUGGUGGACCUGCUGACCAAGCCCACGGCGGAUCCGUCCCCCACGCUGGCCUGGUGGGACAAGAGCCGCCUGCUGAUGCACGGGCGCUGGGUCAUGGACAUCGAGCAGGCCAACCUGCACCAGCUCGCCACCGAGGACCCUUACAACACAACGGAAAACAUGCACUGGGAGUGGAUGAAGCUAAACUUUGACUGGAAACCUGGACAGUUUGUCUUCAAGGGAGACCUGGAUGUCAAUGUCAGGACGGCCUCCAAGUAUGAUGACAUCUGUUUCCUGCACCUGCCUAACCUGUGUAUGACCCUUGACCUCCAGUGGCUGUGCCAUGGCAACCCUCACGACCACCACUCUGUGCAGCUGUGCUGCGCGGAGAAUGUGGCCGACGUCACCUCCGGCCAGUCCCAUGAUUCCUACCGGGCCUUCCGCUCUGAGAACCUCAACCUGUCCAUCACCAUGGACCUCAACCAGCACUGCGGCACAGAACCCUGCCAGCCGCGGAUCCUCCUGUACAGCAGCACCCUGCGCUGGAUGCAGAAUUUCUGGGCCACGUGGACCGGUGUGUCCCGGCCCAUCUGCCGGGGGAAGCUCUUCCACAGCCUUAGGCCCGUCCGCAAGAAGCUGGGCCAGCACUACAAGCAGAUGUCCUUCACCGCCGCCUUCCCCCAGCUCCAGGUGCAUUACUGGGCCUCAUUUGCGCAGCAGCGAGGCAUUCAGGUGGAGUGCUCUAAGGGCCGCGUCUUCACCAGAGGAGCCCAGAGACUCAUCCCACAGGCUGGGACGGUAAUGAGGAGGCUGAUCUCGGAGUGGAGCGUGACGCAGAUGGUCAGCGACCUCUCGCUGGUCACCGUGCACCUCAUGGCCUCCACCUGGGACGAGACGGCCGACCACCAGAUCAACGCCCAGGUGAAGAAGACCCACCUGCUCAGCCUGUCCUCCCUCAGCUACCAGAGACAGAGCAACCGUAUGGAGGAGGAGACGAGUUCGAAAGAUGAUAGUAAUGCCCCUUACACACACAAACUGUGCCUGGUGGACCUGCGUGCCUCCUGGACACCCACCAACAGGAACAUCGCCUUCGGCCUGUACGAUGGCUACAAGAAGGCGGCUGUGCUAAAGAGGAACUUGUCCACGGAGGCGCUCAAGGGCCUGAGGAUCGACACGCAGCUGCAGGCCAAGAAGCUCAAGCGCACGGGCUCCACAUACUCGCCCAGCACCGCCCCCUCCACCCCUACCAUCACCCUGCCCUCACGUGCCGACAAGAGCCACUCAGAAGGGACCUCCAUGCUGCAGAGGCUCAUCGAGGAGACUGAUAAGUUUGUGGUGUUCUCAGAGGAGGAGUCGGGUGUGAGCGACCAGCUCUGUGGCAUCGCCGCCUGCCAGACAGACGAUGUGUACAACCGCAACUGGUACAUUGAGCUGGUCAACGGUCAGAUGAUGUUGCGUGGUGCCGAGACGGCCGGCUGUGUUCUGGUGUCUGCAGCGAAAGCCCAGCUCCUGCAGAACGAGCACCACCCAGCCUGGUACAACGACACGCUCAAGCAGAAGACCACCUGGACCUGCCUGCUGGAUGGCAUGCAGUACUUCGCCACCAUGGAGUCCAACCCUUCAGACCAGGAAGACUGGCAGCUCUGGCUAGAGGUGAAGAACAUUGAAGAGCACCGUCAGCGGAACCUGGACUCCGUUCUGGAGCUGAUGGAGAGUGGUCAGGCCGUAGGAGGCAUGGUCAGCACCACCACUGACUGGAACCAGCCGUCUCAGGUGCAGGAGACGCCUCAGGUGCAGCGCAUCAUCUCCCGCUGUAGCUGCCGCAUGUACUACAUCGGCUACAGCCACGACAUCGACCCUGAGCUGGCCACGCAGAUCAAACCGCCAGAGAUCCGCAACGACCACGAGAAAGAGGACCUGCUCAACAAACAGGCUGGUGCUGUGGACACAUUCACGCUCAUCCACCAUGACCUGGAGAUCUCCACCAACCCUGUUCAGUAUGCCAUGAUCCUAGACAUUGUCAACAACCUGCUGCUGCACGUGGAGCCCAAGAGGAAGGAGCACAGUGAGAAAAAGCAGAGGGUGCGCUUCCAGCUGGAGAUCUCCAGCAACCCCGAGGAGCAGCGCAGCAGCAUCCUGCACCUACAGGAGGCCGUCCGUCAGCACGUGGCCCAGAUCCGACACCUGGAGAAGCAGAUCUACAGCAACAUCAGGCAGGACGAGUUGAGAGGCAGUGAGCUGUCGGACAUCAACCUGAAGCUACAGAACCAGCUCAACCAGGAGAAGACGGACCUGCAGAUGAAGAGUGAGGAGCUCAACAUCCUCAUUAGGUGUUUUAAGGACUUCCAGCUGCAGAGGGCCAACAAGCUGGAGCUGCGGAAACCUCCGGAAGACGUGAGCGUGGUACGGCGCACGGAGAUCUACUUUGCCCAGGCGCGCUGGUGCUUGACAGAGGAGGACGGUCAGCUAGGCAUCGCCGAGCUGGAGCUCCAGAGGUUCAUGUACAGCAAGCUAAAUAAGUCCGAUGACACGGCAGAGCAUCUCCUGGAGCUGGGCUGGUUCACCAUGAACAACCUGCUGCCCAAUGCUGCUUAUAAGGUGGUGCUGCGACCCCAGAGCCCAUGUCAAUCAGCACGGCAACUCGCUCUGCGCAUUUUCAGUAAGGUCCGUCCGCCUGUGGGUGGGAUCUCUGUCAAGGAGCACUUUGAGGUGAACGUAGUACCACUAACAAUCCAGCUGAUGUAUCAGUUCUUCAAGCGCAUGAUGGGAUUCUUCUUCCCCGGACGGAACGUAGAGGAGGAGGAAGUGGGAGACGAGGAGGACAAGUUCAGACUGGUCACUACAGGUAUCCCUGUGGUCAAGCCAAGGCAGCUAUCGGAAGAUUCCAUUGCGGGGUUGGGAACAAGUAAAAGUGUGACUCAGGGCCUGAACCGCACAGCAGGUGUGAGGAGAUCAUUCCGCAAACCCCCUGAGCAUCCUGUGGAUGACAUCGACAAGAUGAAGGAAAGGGCAGCCAUGAACAACUCCUUUAUCUACAUUAAGAUCCCACAGGUCCCUUUGUGUGUCAGCUAUAAGGGAGAGAAAAGCAGCGUUGACUGGAAGGACCUGAACUUGGUGCUGCCUUGUUUGGAGUACCACAACAACACAUGGACCUGGCUGGACUUUGCCAUGGCCGUGAAAAGGGACAGCCGCAAAGCCUUGGUGGCUCAGAUGAUCAAAGAGAAGCUGCGUCUAAAGCCGGCCUCGGGCUCGGAGGCGCGGGGGAAGGCCAUGGUAGAGGGCCGACAGACAGACAGCAGCCUGCAGCAGCAGGAGGAGGAGGAUAAGGCCCGGCUCCUCAUCGGCCUCAGCUCGUCCGACAAGAGCUCCAGCAAGAAGAGCAUCUUCAGCCGCCGCAAAUGACCAGUCCAGGCCACAGCAGACUACAAGCGGCCUCCAUCCCAACAGGAAGGACAAGGGAAUCAGCAGACUGGCUUUGUUAAUUACUACUGCCCCUGCCAGUCAAACACCACCACCGCCUGUGGUGGACAGAGCACUGGGCUGCAGACAAUUGGCAGUGCCCCCCACCCCCAAUGUUGAAGACUACUAGUGGGAAAGCAGAGAGCGUCAGAGAAAAUGUUCCCACCACCUCCACCUGUGCUGCCUUCUUAGCUCCAGGCAGGCCAGAGACGCAGUGAUCUCUGCCUCCUAGAGGAACCUCGCCCAAGCCCCCCAACCACCACCACACACACACACACACACACACACACACACACACACACACACACACACACCCCAGGCCCGAGCAGCUCACACCCUGGAGGCGCUGGGCCGGGCACCUGCUGUAGUGUCCAUCAAAGAAUACAGUUUCACCAAGCGUGGCUCUCCAUGUGUGCUUUUUUGUGUGUGCCAUGCCCACCAACCACGACAACAUUUCACUUAAUCACAUUUCAUGACCUACUUCGUGGUCCUCUGCUAAAUGUGUGUUCAAGAAAAGCUAACGGUUAUCAUUGCUGCAUCAGUGGUUAUUGCACAGCUGAAUAGUUAGCGUCGCCUUCUCUUGCAGUUAGAGUGUCUGUCGCUAUCAAAUCCUUUCCUGCUGGUACGGGAGAUGUGAUUCAAUAGAGAAUGAAAUGCUUGUGCUAUACUCAACUCAAAAUUCUCCAUCAGGACCACAACGGUUUUUAUUAUUGAAACAUUUCAGAGAAGCUCUUGUGUGAGCUACUAGCCCUACUAAUACUGUUUCCCCCUGUGCAUUGUUGACAGGUAGGAUGGGUAUUUACAUUUCAAGUAAUGUAAAGUGUUGUGUUCUAUAAAAUGUUGUCCUCUGGAAUAGACUUCUAUUUGUGCUUGGUUCAGAGUCAUUAGUGCUUCUCUGUAUCACCCCAUCUCUGUGCAAUACUGUACCAAAACAAAAACACAUGGAAAAAAACGUUAUUGCAUUGGCUUUAUUUAUGGUGUACUGGCAUAUGUGAUUCAGUCACAUCAGUGUUCCUUGUAAAAGCAUAAAAUUACAUGGCCUGUUAUAAUAAUGUUUUGUAAUUUUAACACAAUGGCACUUUUUUACAAAAAGGAUUUUCACAUAUUUUUGUAACCAUGUGUAUUAUUUCAUUUGUGUACAUUGUGAAUGCGGUGUAACUUGAGAUACUGCUUCUUUAACGCUAUUUCUAUUAAAUAUUCCAGUAAAAGAUUUCAAGACAAAGUAAAUUUAAGCACUAUUUUGCUCACUCAUAUGGACUGUACAUUUUAUUGACCAUGGUUAAUCUGUAUUUUCAGACAGAUCUUGGCACCAUGCAUGUAUCUAAUUGAAAUUGUCAAUAAAAAUAAUGUUAUCAAAUGGCAA